AUGGGCGGACAGCGCAGCAAAGCAGUCGUGCCACUUGGUUGGUCGCAGAUCCGCUCGAGACCUAUGGCAUACCUGACAAUUCCACUAGUUGCCGCAUUUGUCGGUUGGUUCACUAACUGGGUCAGCGUGCAGAUGCUAUUCUAUCCCAUCCAGUAUGCAGGCCUCGACUUCUACCGGAAGAAGCAUGUUCCCUACGGUCUUAUUGGCUGGCAAGGUGUUGUGCCCACCAAGGCGCUUGGGGCGCCCUGA